GCAACCGCGCAGGUGCUCAGGUGCGCACCAGCCCCGCACAAUCAGGCAGCGGAAACCAGACUGCGAAACAACAGCAAAUUUGAAAAGAAAACCCCAUAACGUGCUCACGUAAGCAAGCGACAAGGAGAUAAUUAGACAAUAAGCGAACAGCGCCUAGUUUUCACUUGUCUCUUAAUCAUUGCAGCAAUACUGUGCGGUACAUCCAUAGUGCGACCUAGACCAAAGCCCAGCAAGACACAGUAACCUACUUCUGCGUGAACUUAAGACCACGAGCCAGAGCCCGGGUACCUUGCGGCCACCCACGAGCCCAUCGGCGACCGGCGCGGGGAGUCCGAGCGCGGGUCCCACCGCAGCUUGCCGGCCCUUAACUGCAGGGGCAGGCCCGGCUGCGGUGGCACCCGGGCGGGGAGCUCCGAGGGUACGCGCGGACCGCAGGGAGGGCGGUGGCGGCGGGCGGGCCUGCGAGGAGGCGGAGGAGGCGACGGCGGGCGGAAGAGGCGGCAGACGAUGGCCGGGGCGCUGCUGCGUGGCGGAGUGCGCCGCUUCCCCUGGCUCUGCAACGUGCUACUGUACGGCGGGCUCUUCGCGGCGGGAGACGCGGCCCAGCAGCUGUGGCGGCGGCGGGGGCAGCCGCCCGACUGGGCGCAGACGCGGCGAGUGGCGCUGGUGGCUCUCGCCUUCCACGGCAACUUCAGCUACGUCUGGCUGCGGGCGCUGGAGCGGGCGCUGCCCGGCCGCCGCCCGCCCGCCGUCCUCGGCAAGGUGCUCUGCGACCAGCUCCUAGGCGCCCCCGUCGCCGUCCUCGCCUUUUACACGGGUAUGAGCAUCCUUCAGAAGAAAGAGGAUAUCUUUUCAGACUGUAGAAAGAAAUUUUGGAAUACAUAUAAGACGGGACUGAUGUAUUGGCCUUUCGUGCAGCUGUCAAACUUCAUUUUUGUGCCUGUUUACCUGCGAACAGCUUAUACUGGGCUCUGUGGUUUUGUUUGGGCUGCCUUCCUUUGCUUUUCCCAACAGAGUGGAGAUGGCACAGCAAAGUCAGCACUUACGUGGCUCAAAAGAGAGGAGGUUAAUGCAGAUGAAGAUUCAUCAGAGAAAUAAGAACUUUAGUUACAAACACAGUCUAAAUUGUUAAACUGAGUUUAUGGAAGUCUGUAAACUGCACUGCAGCCUCAUUGCUGUGUUUAAAAUAAGCAGUCAUCUCAACAUUUGUUGGUUAGUAUAAGCACUGGAACAGUUUGUCUUUGUGCCUGUUUAUUUUUCAUAGAAGAGGCCAAUUGUAUAUUGGCAUUUAAUUAUUUUCAUGCUGCCAGCCCAUCUCUUCUGGGAACAAAUGCCUUACAGGGCAAUGUAAGCGUUUGCACAUCAUGUUGGACCUACUCACUGGGGAGAAAUAUUAACUAAUUAAACUUACAAGCAACUUGUAAUUGCUAGAAAAAGAGGAAUAGAAGGUUAAAUCAUCAAUUACUGGACUUGGUAAUUGUUACCAGUGCAAGAUUGCUUUUGCAGAACAAAGUUUAGUGGCUUUCUUAUCUAAAAAGUGUCAUUGAAUCUGUUUAAUCCAGAGAAAACAGAAGUGCUGUGUUUUGCAGGGACCACUUUUCUGUAGGGGCAAGCUUGCUUUAUUCUACAUAUAGAAAAUAAUUAUUUCAUAGAAUGUACAAACCUGAAAUAUAUUUGCAUAUCUUUUAUCUUAACUGUGAGAAUAAAGAUAAAUAACUUCAAUCAGA